CGCGAUAAGGCGGCGGCGGCGGGGGCGCCGGGAGCCACAGCGAGUGGUGGCUGCUCGCGCCCGCGCCCGCCUCGCGCUGGGAGCGCCCCCCGGACACCGACCCCCGCCCGCGGUCUCGGCGGGACCCGAACCCAGCGGGUGCCGCGUCCCAGCCCGGGCCACCAUCACUUCCAAUCAGCCAUGUUCCAGGCCGCAGGAGCCGCCCCGGCCACCCCCUCUCAUGAAGCCAAAGGCGGCGGCGGCCCCAGCACUGUCCAGCGCUCCAAGUCCUUCAGCCUCCGGGCCCAGGUGAAAGAGACCUGUGCUUCCUGCCAGAAGACCGUGUACCCCAUGGAGAGGCUGGUGGCGGACAAGCUCAUUUUCCACAACUCCUGCUUCUGCUGCAAGCACUGCCACUCCAAGCUGAGCCUGGGCAAUUACGCGGCACUGCAUGGCGAGUUUUACUGCAAACCCCACUUUCAGCAGCUGUUUAAGAGCAAAGGCAACUAUGACGAGGGCUUCGGCCGGAAGCAGCACAAGGAGCUCUGGGCCCACAAGGAGGUGGACCCCAGCACCAAGACAGCCUAAGGCUCUCUGACCGUCCAUUCCCUCUGACGAGGGCCUGGAGCAGGACAGUGGGAAGUGUGGAGAGACUGGACCUGAGCUCACAGGGGGAGACGGUGGGAAGGGGAUGAGGCCAUCUUGCUCCAGCAGAGGGUUAUGGGGGCAGGGCUCUGCUCCAGGAUUCCUUCGUUCUCCCUCAGAGGGUGGGGAUUUGGGAACCAGGGUCGGAGGUUGCUCACCACCCUGCUUCCUGCUGCUUUCGCCCUCUCCCACCUAACCCCCUGGCUCCCCGGGAGGCCCCCAAGCCCAGCUUCCUUAUCUAGGUGCCUUUUCUCCAGCCAGGAGUCAGCAUGCCCCCUCAGGGUCCUAAGCUCCCUCACUGCCACCUGGGGCCCCGUGUGGCCCGUUUGUCUCCCCAUCUACCUCUGUCCUUAGCCUGGUUCUGAGCCAUGGAGACUGGAGGAAGGAGAGCCAGAGGGCCUCUGCUGGGCCUCGCAGAGUGCCCCCAGGGCUCGCUGUGGCAGGGCAUGCCCCGGCGGGGCUUGGGACCAUUGCACACCGCCCGCACAAGCGAAAGCACCUGCCAGUCUGAGAGCCACGGAGUCUGGUGGGGGCCACACUCCCUUCCUCUUCUCGUUUCUGCCGGUUCUGACUUGUGAUCAACCCCGUUUUAAACAUGUUUCAACGGAUCCUGA